CAAACAUUAACAGCAUCCCGAAUCCUACCCUACGACGCAAAAACUCUCUACGCAAUCGUUGCCGACAUCCAGAGCUACCACAAGUUCCUUCCCUUCUGCAUCUCCUCCAAUGUCACCAAGCAGUCCUCGCCGGAUGUCGAAGGCAAGACAUGGCCUGAAGAAGCAGAACUGGUUGUGGGAUACAAGGAUGUGAUGCGUGAAUCCUUCUACAGUCGCGUCUACUGCGCACCCUCCGACUUCAUCGUCGAAUCAGUCAGCGGAGAGACCAACACCUCCGUCCCUGCCGUACUCAUAAAACACCACAACGAUCGUCCUGAUGCCUCUCAAGACCCCGCUCGUAACGCUACCAUCCUCACCCACCUCCGCUCUCGCUGGACACUGAGUCCUUUCCCCUACAAACCUGGUCCUAUGGGCAACGAAAGACCACAAGAAGUCACAUCGGACAUCCCGCCAAGAAUGCAGACGGAAAUCAAUCUGGUGAUUGAUUAUCAGUUUGCGAACCCGCUUUACACGACAUUGAGUGCGGCUGCUGCGCCAAAGGUUGCUGAGAAGAUGAUUGAGGCUUUUGAGAUGAGGGCAAGGGAGAUGUUGGAUCGUCCUGCU